AUGGGGGCUAUGAGGGUGAUGGAAUGGUCUGCAGAAUCUGCUACAAAAGCUUAUUUUGAUACCCUAAAACUGUGCAAUGACCGUGGGAGACAAUGUGUCUCAUGGAAAACACAAGAGCCAGGCAGCAAUGAAUUUGUUUCAGCUUUGGCUGCCGGCAUGAAAGCCAAACUCAUAGUGGAGGUGACCUCGACAGUUUCGCCAUCAACGAUAGCCUUAGCAGUUGCUGCAAAACACACAGGAGGAAAACUGGUUUGCAUUCUUCCCGAGCCAGUCCUCAAUGAAUCAAAGAAAGUAAUCAGAGACUUAGGCCUUAAAGACUUGGUGGAGUUCAAGACCAGUGACCCUUCUGAGCUGUUGUCGAAUUACAAGAACAUUGAUUUCUCUGUGGUUGAUUGCAAGAAUGAUGAUUACACAAGGCUGCUGAAGUUGCUAGAUGUUAACCCUAGAAAAUCAGUGGUUGUGGCUAAUAACUUGGUUGGUGAAAGAAAGGGGUUGGAAGGGCAUUGGGAGUGA